AAACCAUUAUGAUAUCUGCAACAGCAGCUCAAAAUCCACCAACAGUUCAACUUCAACUCUUUCAGAAAAAUUCCUAGUUCCCUGAGAAGAAAAGAAAAAAUAAAAACAAAAGAAAAGAUUUAAACCACCGUAUUAAACCUCACAAAAAAGGGGUUUGAAGAGCUGAAAAGCAGAAGAAGUUGCCAUUGAGAAUCUGACAUUAUUAUCCAGUGUUGGGUGAGAUUUUAUCAUUCAGCAGCAUGUCUCAUACCAACUGGGAAGCUGAUAAAAUGCUGGAUGUGUAUAUCCAUGAUUAUCUAGUGAAGCGGGAUUUAAAAGCCUCUGCACAAGCUUUCCAAGCAGAAGGAAAAGUAUCCUCAGAUCCCGUUGCUAUUGAUGCGCCGGGAGGUUUCCUAUUUGAAUGGUGGUCGGUUUUCUGGGAUAUAUUCAUUGCUAGGACUAAUGAGAAACAUUCAGAGGUUGCGGCAUCUUACAUUGAGACUCAGUUGAUUAAGGCAAGGGAGCAGCAACAGCAGCAGCAGCAACAACAACAGCAACAACAUUCCCAGCAACCGCAAAACUCACAACAACAGCAGCAGCAAAUGCAAAUGCAGCAACUCAUGAUGCAAAGGCAACAACAGCAGCAGCAGCAGCAACAACAGCAGCAGCAGCAGCAGCAGCAGCAACAACAACAGCAGCAACAGCAGCAACCACAGCAGCAACAGCAACCGCCACAGCCGCAGCAGAGAAGAGAUGGGGCACAUCUUCUCAAUGGAACUACAAAUGGGCUUGUUGGAAAUGAUCCUCUCAUGCGACAAAAUCCUGGAACAGCGAAUGCCAUGGCUACAAAGAUGUAUGAGGAAAGAUUAAAACUUCCUCUUCAGAGAGAUGCUAUGGAUGAUGCAUCUAUGAAGCAGAGAUUUGGUGAAAAUGUGGGCCAGAUUUUGGAUCAAAAUCAUGCUUCAAUAUUGAAGUCAGCUGCAGCAACCGGCCAGCCUUCAGGGCAAGUUUUGCAUGGUACAGCUGGUGGGAUGACUCAACAAGUCCAAGCUCGAAAUCAGCAAUUGGCAGGGUCUACACCGGACAUAAAGACUGAAAUCAAUCCAGUAUUGAAUCCCAGAGCUGCAGGUCCUGAGGGAUCAUUAAUAGGAAUUCCUGGAUCAAAUCAGGGUGGAAACAAUUUGACUUUAAAAGGAUGGCCGCUCACAGGUUUGGAGCAGCUUCGCUCUGGACUUCUUCAGCAACAGAAACCUUUCAUACAAGCUCCCCAGCCCUUUCAUCAGCUGCAGAUGUUGACACCACAACACCAGCAACUUAUGCUUGCUCAGCAAAAUAUGACAUCACCGUCUGCUGCCAACGAUGAGAGUAGAAGACUAAGAAUGCUAUUGAAUCGCGGUCCUGGGAAGGAUGGCCUUGCAAAUUCUGUUGGUGACGUGGUACCAAAUAUAGGAUCACCUCUUCAAGCUGGUGGCCCUAUUUUGCCUCGUGGAGAUACAGAUAUGCUGAUUAAGUUAAAAAUGGCUCAACUUCAGCAGCAACAAAACAGCAAUCCUCAACAGCAACAGCAACAGCAACAGCUUCAACAGCACGCUCUUUCUAAUCAGCAGUCACAAAAUUCAAAUCUCAAUCCCCAUCAGCAAGAUAAAAUGGGGGGUGCUGGCAGCAUCACUAUGGAUGGUAGCAUGUCGAACUCUUUUCGAGGAAAUGAUCAGGUUUCAAAAAACCAGCCAGGGAGAAAGAGAAAGCAGCCAGUGUCAUCUUCAGGGCCUGCCAAUAGCACAGGAACAGCAAACACAGCUGGGCCUUCCCCGAGUUCAGCCCCCUCAACUCCCUCGACUCACACUCCUGGAGAUGUAAUCUCAAUGCCUGCCUUGCCCCACAAUGGUAGCUCCUCCAAGCCUCUGAUGAUGUUUGGUGCUGAUGGUACUGGUACUCUUACAUCACCAUCACAUCAGUUGUGGGAUGAUAAAGAUCUUGAAUUGCAGGCUGAUAUGGAUCGAUUUGUAGAGGAUGGGUCUCUUGAUGAUAAUGUCGAGUCUUUUUUAUCCCCUGAUGAUGUGGAUCAUAGAGAUGCUGUUGGUCGAUGUAUGGAUGUCAGCAAAGGGUUCACAUUUACGGAAGUAAACUGUACUAGAGCAAGCGUAAGCAAGGUUACAAGCUGUCACUUCUCAUCAGAUGGAAAGUUUCUUGCUAGUGGGGGCCAUGAUAAAAAGGCUGUAUUGUGGUACACAGAUACAUUAAAGCUAAAAAGUACGCUAGAAGAACAUUCAGCUUUGAUAACUGAUGUUCGUUUUAGUCCGAGCAUGCCACGUGUUGCAACGUCUUCAUUCGACAAGACUGUCAGGGUUUGGGAUGCCGACAAUCCUGAUUAUUCUCUCCGUACCUUUAUGGGACAUUCGGCCUCUGUUAUGUCAUUAGAUUUCCACCCAAAUAAAGACGACCUCAUCUGUUCUUGUGACGGGGAUGGUCAGAUACGCUACUGGAGUAUUAACAAAGGCAGCUGCUCAUGCGUGUCUAAGGGUGGUACGGCACAAAUGAGAUUUCAACCCCGUCUUGGAAGAUUUCUUGCUGCAGCCGCAGAGAAUGUUGUAUCUAUACUGGAUGUUGAGACUCAGACUUGUCGGCAUUCUUUACAGGGGCAUACUAAGCCUAUCCAUUCUGUGUGUUGGGAUCCUUCUGGCGAAUUCCUUGCAUCUGUCAGCGAGGACUCUGUAAGAGUUUGGACAUUUGGAGCGGGAGGCGAAGGGGAAUGCGUUCAUGAGUUAAGCUGCAACGGAAAUAAAUUUCAUUCAUGCGUUUUCCAUCCUACGUAUACUUCACUGCUGGUCAUUGGCUGUUAUCAGUCACUGGAGUUAUGGAACAUGACAGAGAACAAGACAAUGACUCUAUCGGCACAUGAAGGACUUAUUGCUGCCUUGUCUGUGUCAACUGUUACGGGUUUGGUUGCUUCGGCUAGUCACGAUAAGUUUGUCAAGCUCUGGAAGUGAAAUGGUCACUGUGAUUAACUGAACUUCACAGAUUAGGAAUAGGUUUCAGCCAGUCUUGGUCAACGCUUGUAGUUUAUGUCUUUGGUUGCUCGAUUGAUCUUCAACUUUUGUUUUUUGGGAUAUCGAACUGUCUCCACAGGACCCCCGGAAACUGUCCUUGUAACAUUAUUGUUGUAUUUGUAUGCUUAUUACUGUAACAGUAAAAACUGGGACAUCUCUCAAUUGCUUCAUGCUGCUCUUGUAACGUUUUCGGACGGGAGGAUAGAAAUUUUAUCA